GGCGGGGCGGGGCCAGGGAGAGCGCGUGACUGGCGGCCGGGUCACGUGACACGCCCGACCGGGCCUCCAAGAUGGCGGUGUGCGUGGCGGUGAUCGCCAAGGAGAAUUACCCUCUUUACAUCCGCAGCGCCCCCACGGAGAAUGAGCUGAAGUUCCACUACAUGGUGCACACGUCCCUGGACGUGGUGGACGAGAAGAUCUCCGCGAUGGGGAAGGCCUUGGUGGACCAGAGGGAACUCUACCUGGGCCUGUUGUACCCCACAGAGGACUACAAGGUAUAUGGCUACGUGACCAACUCCAAGGUGAAGUUCGUCAUGGUGGUGGACUCCUCCAACACGGCGCUUCGAGACAACGAGAUCCGCAGUAUGUUCCGGAAGCUGCACAAUUCCUAUACAGAUGUGAUGUGCAACCCUUUCUACAACCCUGGGGACCGCAUUCAGUCCAGUGGUUCUGAUGCAGCAGAACCUGGUUUUCCAGUAAUCACCACGUGGAUUCCGACAUGUGAGAAGACGACCCUGCCCUCUUGGUUUCCCGCGUAUGCCCAGGCCUUUGACAGCAUGGUGACGUCUAUGAUGAUACAAGUGUGUUGAGCAAGAGAACUCAGCGGCCGUUGCUUGAAGACAAGUACUGUGUAUAUAAGCCAUCGUCCAGAUGGAUGUUUAUUAUCCCGUGCCUGUUCCUGAGCGUUCCCGCUGCUGGGGGCAAGGCCUCGGGCACGGUGCGUGGAGACUAAAGGUCUUCUGAGAUCA